UACUGGAUGUCUUUCAGCAUCUCCAGAACACAGUAGCUAGCCUGUUAGCUAGGGCUUCCAACGAUAUGAGCCGCGAAAGAAACCACAGUUUUACCGAAACAAGCCUUUCUCCCGACCCUCAAAACGCAUUCAUGGACACGCCGGUGUCUGCAGCGCGACCCGAUGAUGAUUUCUUGGAAUUCGAGCCCGACGAGGAGCUUCUCUGCUCGGUGAGCGACAUCACCGAACACCUUGGGAGAAACAUAACAGUGGUGCUCGAGACGGCGUUGUCCGAAAUCAGGAAAAUGGUCAGCGUCAGGAUACGGGUCCUGAAAAUGGAGCUUCGGGAGAAAACGGACGAAAUCGAAGUCCUAAAAGCAAGGCUAGAGGUGCAAAUAGACGGUAGGGACCCGUAUCCUGGCGGAAUGACCACCGAGGCGUCAUCUGUAUUCAGGAAAUCAGACUUCCAUUCAGGCAGCAAGCACAACAACAACGACCACAAGAAAGCCAAACCAGCCAUGCCUGGCGUAAAGAAAGAAAACAUCAAUGCCAUUUGCGACUAUCUGAUGAAAGAUAAGAAUUCACGGGGUGCUGAAGCAGACAGCGACCCGAGCAAUCCUUCGUCUGGUAGCGACAGGGACAGCCGCAACGACCCCCAGCCGCACUCCCUCAACCACCUGUGGCCGGACAGUGGCAUCCCUGGCGCGGGACCUGGGGACGGGGAAUCGGACUCGGCCACGGAUGACAUAUUCGACAUGUCGCUACCAUCUGGAAGCAAGCGGAUCCACGACUAUGAGUGGAUUACUGGGGUGGAGUACACGUCGGAUUUGAAAGGUAUGAGGGAGCCAAAAUCUGAGAGUGCCACAACACCAGAUGAGGAAGAUGUUGAAGAGUGUGAUGAGUCAAAAGAAGAAGGGGAUGUUGGAUUGGAGUAUCCCCCAGUGCCUCUCUCCCAUGACAGCCACACCCCCAACUUUCCCUUGCACCCCCAGGUCUCUCCAGGAGGGGAGGGGGCCAGUUCUUUGGAGGACCAUGUGGAUCGACUAGAACCAGGUCAGCAGUUUCCCUCCCACACAUACCUCUGCCCUCUGUGUGGAACCUUCUGCCCCGACUCCUUGUUCCUGGAGGAGCACCUCAAACUGAUACACGGCGACACCACCGGCACCCACAGCGCCCUGCAGUCCACCUCCAUUGCUCCCCUCACUCUAGGAGAGGGUAGCAGUGACUCCAAGCGGGGCUUGACGGGGCUUGAAGGAAGGAGCAUUGGGGCUGGAGCUAGGGGGAUGGGCCUAGCAAGAGGAGGAGGAGGAGGAGUAGGGACGAGGGAGAAGAAAGUGGAAGGGGGUUACGAGUGCGGAGACUGCGGCCGCCAUUUUAACUACCUGGGCAACCUGCGGCAGCACCAGCGCAUUCACACGGGGGAGAAGCCCUUCAUAUGCCCAGAGUGUGGGGAGAAGUUCCGGCACGCUGCCCGAUUGAAGAGUCACCGGCUGGGGCACAACGGAGGUCAGAGCCCCUUCCCCUGCCCCCAGUGUGGGAAGGGCUUCCCGGUACUCUCCGGCUUAAAGAGACACCAGCGGGUACAUACGGGGGAGAGUCCCUACGCGUGCCAGCAGUGUGGGCGGCGCUUCAAGGAACUGGGUAACCUGUACACCCACCAGAGGAUUCACAGUGGUGCCACGCCCUACUGCUGCCAGCAGUGUGGGAGGAGUUUCCGCCACCUGGGCACCUACAAGAGCCACCGCUGCACCCCCACACAGUGACAGUGACAAUCUACGCCGUUCCCUUGAAGCUAGGCUGGCUAACAUAAGCCUAUUGAUAUGCUGUUCACUGAGGCAGGAACAUUGUCUGAGUCUAAAAGACAAGCCUCAUAUGGACUUAAAAGGGAGGGAGACUGUGCCAUGAUGAAGAAGAGGUCAAAGGGCAUCCUAAUGAAAGCCAUGGACUCGUUCAAAUACUUAAAAGCACAUAAUUCCCUCUUCGGCUCCCUUCCUUGAAGUAAUCACUGAUCUAAUAAUAAUAUAUUUAAUUUAUAUAGCUCUUUUCAUUAAAACAAGAAUCUCAAAGUCGCUUUGAAAACAAAAACAAAUGUAGGGAUCUGGCAGUUCCUGUUUGAUGGUCUUCCACAGCUUCAGAUGUCUAGGCAGUUCAGAAAGGCAAUCAGUAGCUUAAGUGGCGGGAGCAUCGAUGGUACAGACAGGCAGAGAGAAACAUCAGACAGAUACUGGUAGACAGGCCUGGAGCUCUUCAUCAGUCAGAUACUGGUAGACAGGCCUGGAGCUCUUCAUCAGACAGAUACUGGUAGACAGGCCUGGAGCUCUUCAUCAGUCAGAUACUGGUAGACAGGCCUGGAGCUCUUCAUCAGACAGAUACUGGUAGACAGGCCUGGAGCUCUUCAUCAGUCAGAUACUGGUAGACAGGCCUGGAGCUCUUCAUCAGUCAGAUACUGGUAGACAGGCCUGGAGCUCUUCAUCAGUCAGAUACUGGUAGACAGGCCUGGAGCUCUUCAUCAGACAGAUACUGGUAGACAGGCCUGGAGCUCUUCAUCAGUCAGAUACUGGUAGACAGGCCUGGAGCUCUUCAUCAGUCAGAUACUGGUAGAUAGGCCUGGAGCUCUUCAUCAGUCAGAUACUGGUAGACAGGCCUGGAGCUCUUCAUCAGUCAGAUACUGGUAGACAGGCCUGGAGCUCUUCAUCAGACAGAUACUGGUAGACAGGCCUGGAGCUCUUCAUCAGUCAGAUACUGGUAGACAGGCCUGGAGCUCUUCAUCAGUCAGAUACUGGUAGACAGGCCUGGAGCUCUUCAUCAGACAGAUACUGGUAGACAGGCCUGGAGCUCUUCAUCAGACAGAUACUGGUAGACAGGCCUGGAGCUCUUCAUAGAUCAAUCAAAUGUAUUUAUAAAGCCCUUUUUUACAUCAGCAGACGUCACAAAGUGCUUAUACAGAAACCCAGCC